AUGGCGAAUUUCUACAAAUUGAAGAAGAAUCAAGUGAAAUCGACUGUCCCUAUUAAAACUAUAUCAAACAAACAAAUUCCUCGUCAAUUGAAUCGACCUACAAAUAUAAUGCCAACAGCUGUUUUUAAUGGUAAUGAAUCCGUUUCGACUCUUCUGGGGCGGAAAGAAGUAGAAAAUAUUCCUCCUACUCCAACGACCCCGGUAUUUUCUGUACCAACCACCAUUCCUCAGAGACAAAACAAGUUGCAGGUUUCACAAAUUCAAGAUAAUGGGAGGAAUCGUCGUUCAAAUGUUGUAAAAGAAGUAGAGAGGUUAAAGAAAAACAGGGAAGAAAGAAGACAAAGACAAGCUGAAUUAAAAGAAGAAAAAGAAGCUCUUAUGAAUCUGGACCCUGGUAAUCCGAAUUGGGAGUUUUUAGCUAUGAUAAGGGAAUACCAGAGCAGUAUUGAAUUCCGGCCACUUAGGGAAACGGAUCCUGUUGAAGAUCAUCAAAUUACUGUUUGUGUGAGAAAACGUCCGUUAAACAAAAAAGAAAUAUCUCGUAAGGAAAUUGAUGUUGUAAGCGUACCAACAAAAGAUCAAAUUGUUGUACAUGAACCGAAAGCUAAAGUUGAUUUGACCAAGUAUUUGGAAAACCAGUUGUUUAGAUUUGAUUAUGCCUUCGAUGAAUCCUGCACAAACGAAGUAAUUUAUAAAUACACGGCUAAACCAUUAGUGGCAACUAUCUUUGAUGGCGGUAUGGCAACGUGUUUUGCUUAUGGACAAACAGGAAGUGGAAAAACUCAUACAAUGGGAGGUGAUUUUAACGGUAAAAUACAAGAUUGCAAAAAAGGAAUCUAUGCGAUGGUUGCCAAAGAUGUUUUUAAGUGCCUCAAAAUGAACAAGUACCGUUUACUUAACUUAAUUAUUUCUGCCAGUUUUUUUGAAAUAUACUCUGGAAAAGUAUUUGACUUAUUAGCGGAUAAAGAAAAAUUACGUGUGUUAGAAGAUGGAAAGCAACAAGUUCAAAUAGUUGGAUUAACUGAAAAAGUGGUAGAAGAUUGUGAUGAAGUACUUAAGUUAAUACAGCACGGGAAUAAUGUUCGAACAAGUGGUCAGACAAGUGCAAACAGUAACUCAUCAAGAUCUCAUGCUGUUUUCCAAAUUAUUGCAAGAACCCCUGGAACUCAUAAAGUUCAUGGAAAGUUUUCAUUAAUCGAUUUAGCUGGCAACGAGCGUGGUGCUGAUACUUCUUCUGCAAACAGACAGACUAGAAUGGAAGGUGCAGAAAUUAAUAAGUCAUUAUUGGCUUUAAAGGAAUGUAUUCGAGCUCUUGGUCGUAAAGGAACUCAUCUACCUUUCAGAGCAAGUAAAUUAACACAAGUUUUGAGGGACAGCUUUAUUGGAGAGAAAUCAAAAACUUGUAUGAUUGCUAUGAUAAGUCCUGGAAUGAGUUCUUGUGAACACUCUUUAAACACAUUAAGGUACGCAGAUAGAGUCAAAGAACUUGCGGCUUCUGAUUUUACAGAAAUGAAAAUUCCAUCUCCAGAAAACAGCAAACAUAUUACGAACAGUAGAUUGUCGGAUAGUGACCUAGCACAGCUAAUUUCACUAAAUGAUGGAGAACUUUCUCAAGACUUAUACACAUUUCACGAAGCUGUAUCUGCAUUACAAAUGUUAGAAGAAGAAGUAUUAGACAUGCAUAAAAUAGUUAUUGAUCAAACGACCAAAUUUUUGAACUCUGCACAUAGCAUUUUUAGUAUGACACAUGAAGUUGAUUAUGAUCAAGAAGACUAUGCUCAAAAGUGGGAAGAAGUUAUACUAAAACAGCGAGAUGUAUUAAAUGAAACGUUAAGCCAAGUCAAUCAAUUCAGAAGUCAGCUGUUGCAAGAAGAACAGAUUAGCCAAAAAAUGACACGUACAGAAAAUUCAAGGCAUAAAUAAUACUGCAUCAACUUAUUUGUUUUAUCUAGUACUCUUUUAUAGUAAUAAAAAAUAUAUAUUUCUACUGAA